AUGGCCCGCCUGGAAAUACCGAGCAUAGUGGUGCACAAAGGCAGCAGGUCGCAGAGUCGACCUGAGAGUCCUACAGCGGUGUGUGGAGGUCUGGUCUCCCUGCCCUCCGGCAGGCACAGUCUCCUGGUUGGUCCAACCACCAGUGUCCCGUACUCGAGCCUGCACGAGUCGGACAUGAUAGACGGGAAUGCUAACGCCACCGUCGUUACCACCCCUGCGUCGAAUUCGUUACGCCGUCCCUCGCCCUCCUGCCCCAACGAAAAAUCGGACACUGAUAACAAACAUUUUCGAAGUAGGGCAAGUACGAAGGUAAAACUGCUGGUCAGAAGUCAUGCGAUGAGAGAAUCGGCAUCUCCUCCACGCGAACCGCACCACAGCGGUCCAUCUUCGCCGCACAGCCCUCCGUCCCUCGAUGGCGAGAAGAAGUUCACCGGAGGACUCGCGGCGAACAACGGUGGCUCGAAGCAACUCAACAACAACGAGCCUACCUUCAACAGCAACAUCUCCACUCAGUCCCCCAAACAGAUGCGCAAUUCAGCUACCUCGCCGACGUGUCGAGCUCCCUCACGAAAUGGUCAGUCUAGUCCUUCUCAGGCCCAUUCACCAAAGAGUACCACCUCGCCGACUACCGGCAAUAAAUCCGAAAGUCGAGGCUCGAAGACCAGCACAAACCUCGUCUCCAAGUGCAAUAACUGCGCGAAGAACAAUCAGGCCGACAAGUCCGGACUCCUUCAGACUCCGGUCUCACCGUCCAGGACCGGUCAGGCCCUGCAACACUCGCCGAAGAGUACCAGCCUUGCUCCGAACAAUCAUCCCAAGAACGAGCAACGGAACAGGCCGAACACCCUAAACGUUUGCAACAAUCAAUGCUCGGCGCAAUGUGGGAACACCCUGGCUGUUGGUAGACCUGGCUCCAGGCACAAGCUUCGACACCAGAACUCUUCGCAGGGGAGCUUCGACAGCGCUUCGCCGUGUCUCUCCAGAGAUAACAGCACGGAACUGUACACCGACAGUACAGGAAUCGACUUGGAGCAGUUCAUAGCGGAGACCAUAAAUCGCAACCAGAAGGACCGGACUGUGCUCCUGAAGAUCGAAAAGGACCUCAUCGAGUUUGCCAAGGACAGGCAGAAGGUCUGCCACAAGUUUCCUAACAUGUCUUCUUACAAUCGGAUGUUGGUUCAUCGAGUGGCUGCUUACUUCGGCAUGGAGCAUAAUGUCGAUCAGUCCGGUCUUAGUGUCAUCGUGACAAGGACGAAGAACAUGCGAAUACCCGACACGCGAUUUAAGGAGCACAUCAGGGACGACUUGAUCUUGACCGAAGAGCCUCGGAGGAGCAUUCUCAAGAGGGACUCCAGCUCCUUCGAAGACAGCUUUAACUUUAAAUCCCCCGACAGGCUGUCUGGGGAGUAUUGUCGGCGCAGUAAGAGUUUCGAGGAACGCGAGGAGGAGUACGAGAGAGCCAGGAGGAGGAUAUUCAAGGAUAGCAGCGGAGAGAACAGCGGAGUCUCCUACUGGCCCUAUUGGUCUUCCUCUGAGAUCUCCGAUACCUCAGCAAGGUAUCGUUUACUACACCCAUCGGACCACUCAAUCAGACAAACUAGGCUUUUCAAGGGAGAAUCCUUCGACGGACGGGAAAGUCUUCGUGCUGGCAUUCAGAGGCCUUCGGUCUCAAAGUCCUUCAGCUUCGGUGGUUACACUAGAGGCAUGCUAUCGAGGGGUGACAGCGUGACAUCGACUCAUAGUGCUGGUGCUCGCCUCACAAAGCAAGAUUCAGGUGCUAGCAUGUGUUCUCGGCUGAGUCCUUCGAGCAGUGGGUACAAGUCUCAGAGCCAACGAAGCGAUGCCACGAUCUCACCAUCACCAUCACCGUCACCAGUGGCAGCGAUGAGCUGCAACCACUCUCAGCUUUCUAGUCAAGAUCUGGCCUCUCCGGAGCCAAAUGGCCAAACGGUUAUGUGGGCAGUGACGAGCAUCUCGAGCGUUCCUGCCGGCAGCAUAAUCAUUAAUCCCCAAACAAACCAGCCCUACACAAACCCGGAUGGCUCGGUCUAUCGAUUCGAUCCUGACAACCCACCGAAGCUCUGUGUCGAGGAGCAUGACUCUCCAACUCCACUUCCUCGACGUGGAGACCCCACGGAUGGCUCCUCCAGGCCCUCCGGCUGCUCACGUAGCGAAAGUAAGAGACGUUCCCAGGGAAAGAAUCACGCAUCGGCUGGGAAUUCCACCCAUGUGACGAAUUCCUCGACCUCCCCAAGUCUACCGUUUACGCCGCCGCCUCCACCUCCGCCCCCGCCCCCGCCGCCCUCGUCGUCGCAAAACCAAGCAAACCAAUCUCUAGUCAAGGACUCCCCAGCGCAGGCCCAGAUCUGCAACAAUGGCUCUCCGCAAUCCACAUAUGCCAAUUUCCCAGCAGCUACCUCAGAUACUUAUGGUCAGGGUGUAUAUCAACCCACUUUACCGCAACAGACUGUGAUGAUGCCCCCUCAUCCUACUCAGGGACACUCCGCUGUCCAGAGCAAUGGACAGGGUGACCUUGCGUUUAACCAGAGCUCGGUCUAUGGGAACUAUGCUGUGCCGGUGCAGCAGAGUCCAGUACCUCAGUCCGGAAAAUGCUUCCAGGAUGUGCCAGACUUGUCCAGUUACUUCAUGGGCAUGAAUGUCUAUGAUCAAAGAAGUGGCGGAGACACUCAGUCCACUCCGCCACAUCCUUAUCCGCAGCCCCCACCGUCUACAACUCAAGCUCUGCAGACUGUGCAGGCAGUUCCACCGAAUUACUGGCAGCCUCCACCUAACCAAAUAACUCCUCAGCAGACAAUGUACUUCGUACCACCUCCAGGAGCAGCUAUGUCGGUUGGUCAGAAUCCAGCGGAGAGACAACCAUCGCACCAACAGCAGAGGUUUACGACGAGUUACUCCUUCAAUCCGCAAACCAUGACACCUCCGAGCCAAUCGACCUCUAAUUACGUAAGCAGUUAUCCAAUACCGUAUAAUUCCAUGCCAACUGUAACACCGGCACCAGGGGAUUAUUCUUAUCAACCACCGGUUCACAUGGUUCCUGCUUAUUAUCCACCCGGUCAACCCAGUAUGCAACCUCCACCCGUUAUGUACAGGGUUCCUACUCCACCGAACACUCCGACAUCUAAUCAGAUGCCUGGUAUGCCACUGAUGUACGUGAAUUCUGGUAGCUAUCCAUCACCAGCCAUGGUGUCCACCGGAACCUUCGGUCAUCAUCAGGUCGGUCCCAAUGGUACCUCUCCUGCCCCGGCUGGAGCCUACAUGAGUCCUGCAUUGGUUCCCAACCUCGUCUUCAGGCAAAACGUUCCUGUUGUCGCUGGCGUUCGUGCCUCGACACCGGGUAACUCACAGAGAGCAAGCCGGUCACCAACACCGGCGCAUGAACUCUUCGGUCCUGGGAGCGGGGAUAGAAGCGCACAACAACAGCCACGUUAUCCACUGCCAAUGUAUCAGGGUGUCCAUAUCGUGCAGGGAGAAAUGAGACUGAUGCAUCCCGGAGUACCAGGUAAUCCUAGACUGCAGUAUGCACCAGUUGCAUCGCCACCAGUUGUUCAAGGUUGUCCUAGACCCUAUCGACCACCAUCUUACUCUUCGAACACCUCCGGUGGUGGAACUCCCACCUCGUUCGAUGGGAGAAAUCCGAAGAUUCGGAAACCGAGGUCCAAAGUAGCAACAUUACCACCGAGCGGUGCCCGAUCGAACCUCUAUCAAACUCCUUCCAUGCCUUCGCUCUCAUCAGGUGCACCGAAAGAUAUCAGAGAAGGGACCGUGAAGGUGACAAUCACCCAUCGAAACCAGUUGGUACAAUAUUAAUGAUAAAUCGUGAGAAGUGAAGAGAGGCAGGAGCCACCGCUGGUACAAAAGGA